CAAAAUUAAGGGAACAUGGGCGCCUGUUUCCUAUCCUUCUCUGUCUCGCUUCGCCUCCCUUCCUUUCUGCCGCCGCCGCAAUUUGCCGCGUCUCGCCGUCGGCGACGGGAAACAGCGAGCAACGCCUUCUCUCGCCGAGGCCUCGUCGAACGUCGUCGCCCCGCUCCUCCUCCCCGCACUCUACUGGCACUGAACUUCGUGGGGGUGCAGAUCCAUCUAUCUGGGCUUGGAUUGAUUUCUUCUUCCGUUGUUCUUCAGCGAGCGAGAUCGAUUUGGCCAGGGCGCGGGUGCAGCUUAUUCUCCAGAAAUUUUGGGGGUUCUUUGGGUCGCGUGACGAUGGAUAUGUGGAUUAGACAAGCCGAGGUCUGGGUAGGCCAAGCCGAGAGCUGGAUCCGUCAACAACCCCCGGAGCAGAUCUACGUCGCGGCCGCGGUGGUUGCCCUCUCAAUCCUGGUUCUUAUCGCAGCUUCUUGUCUGAAAUCCUCGAAACCAAACACCAUAGUGCUAUCUGGACUCAGUGGCAGUGGCAAAACUACUCUUUUCUAUCAGCUUCGGGAUGGAUCAUCACAUCAAGGAACUGUAACUUCAAUGGAAGAAAACAACGAUACAUUUGUGCUGCACUCUGAGAAGGAAAGGAAAGGAAAAGUGAAACAUGUGAAUAUUGUUGAUGUUCCUGGUCAUGCAAGGCUCAAACCCAAGCUUGAUGAAGUCCUGCCUAAAGCAGCUGGGGUGGUUUUCGUCGUUGACGCUCAAGAUUUCUUGUCUAGCAUGCAAGCUGCUGCAGAGUACCUGUACGACAUUCUGACAAAGGCAAUUGUAGUGAAGAGAAGGGUUCCUGUGCUGAUAUUCUGCAACAAGACUGAUAAAGUUACAGCUCAUUCACAGGAAUUCAUCAAGAAGCAGUUGGAAAAAGAAAUAAACAAGCUUCGGGAAUCAAGGAAUUCCAUAUCAUCCGCAGACAUCUCUGAUGAAGUUGAACUUGGGGUACCUGGAGAGGCAUUUAACUUCGGUCAGUGCCAGAACAAGGUGACCGUUGCUGAGGGUGCUGGUUUGACCGGUAAUGUUUCGUCCGUCGAGCAAUUCAUUCGUGAAUAUGUGAAGGCGUAGAUUCAACAUAUCCUUACCAGAUCUGUGAACAAUUCAUCUAAUGAGACAAGGAAGAUCUUCGGCGUAUCCGUUUGGUUAAAUAUCUGCAUAUACCUUCAUAGGGUCUCCUUGAUGUUGUUAGGUCCAUUACAUUUUGUGUUGAUUCUGCUAACCUUUUUAGUGGCAUUAUAUUUUGCAUUGCUAAUUCCUGAUAGGCAUUGGAUAAGUAUAGUUUGUUAAGAACUAUUGGCUGCAAAUUUUCAUCUUUGGCUU